AUGUCUGCACCUUCACGGCAAAUUAAAUGUGUUGUGGUUGGUGAUGGUACUGUAGGCAAAACAUGUAUGUUGAUAUCGUACACGACGGAUUCAUUUCCCGUAGAAUAUGUCCCUACAGUAUUUGAUAAUUUCUCAGCACAGAUGAUUGUUGAUGGACACGCCGUCAAUCUAGGCUUGUGGGAUACUGCUGGACAAGAAGAUUAUGAUCGUCUACGGCCACUAAGUUAUCCUCAAACUGAUGUCUUUGUUUUGUGCUUCAGUAUAGUUGCUCCUGUAUCUUUUGAUAAUGUGAUUACUAAGUGGAUACCAGAAAUUCGUCAUAAUUGCCCAGAUGCGCCAAUACUUUUAAUAGGAACAAAGCUGGACUUACGAGAUGAUCCAGAAACAUUAAGGAUUCUGAAUGCUGAUGGGAAGCAGCCAGUGACUAAGAACCAAGGACAGAAAGUUGCUAGACGAAUUAAAGCAGUUAAAUAUCUUGAAUGUAGCGCUUUAACACAGCAAGGCUUGAAAACAGUUUUUGAAGAAGCUGUGCGAGCAGUUAUAGCGCCAAAACCUACGGGCAAAAAUAAAAAUUGUACGAUUUUGUAG